AUGGAAAAGGAAAAUGAGCCCUUGUUUCUUUGUUUGGUGGCUGAGAAAAUCAGCAUAAGUACACAUAAUAGUGGUCUUUUGAGGCUUCCUGAGAAUCGAAGAUGCAUCGAUUGCAACAGUUUGGGACCACAAUAUGUUUGCACAACUUUCUUGACAUUCGUUUGCACAAACUGCAAUGGAGUGCAUUGGGAAUUCACUCACCGAGUAAAAUCAGUGUCAAUGGCUAAAUUCAGUGCAGAAGAAGUUAAUCUUUAGGCAGGGGGAAAUGAGCGAGCAAGGCAAAUUUAUUUCAAAGGUUGGGAUCGUCAGUGCCAUUCUUACCCUGAGGGCAGUCAUCUUCGUAUGCUCCGGGAUUUUAUUAAGCAUGUCAAUGUGGAUAGAAAAUACACUGGAGAGAAGAGUAUUGUUAAGCUCCCAACACUGAGAUUGAUCUCAGCAUUGCCCAAUAGUACCAGUUGUUCUACAUCUGCAUCGACUGGCAACAAUAUGCCAGUAGUAACUUCUGAUGGAGGUGCUACACUUGCUGCAGAUAGUGGCAGUGGUUACUCCACCAUUAAAUUCCUGACAAACAAGAGCUAUCAAACAUGCAGCAAUGUCAUCCUACUGCAUUCCCAUUGCAGAUAGUAGCCCUAUCAUGCAACAGAUGAGUCCAACUUUUGGAACUCCAAAUUAUCAGGUUUGCUGCCCAAUGUGUCAGCCGCUAGCAGCUUAUUGAGUAUUUCCAGCCUUGGUACCUAGUCUUCAGGUUUGACGGCACCUCAAUCACCAUCUUAUUCAUCUGCAGUGCCUCCACAUUCACCUUCUUUUGUUUCAGCCAUGCCUCCUGAUCACAAGGAGUUGGUGGAUUUGGCAGUGAUGGAGCUAUAUUUGGAUCCUUAAACACAACUCAACAGUCAACUGGAAGAUACUCAGCACUAAGCACCCCAAAUCCUUUUUCUUCAAUGGGAGGAAACCCUUUUGGAUAAAUAAAAGAACAAAAAGAUUUUGCAUCCCAUUUUCUGUCAUUUUCUUUUUGCCUCCUAAAAUCUUCAGGAAGAAGCCUGGUUGGUUUCUCUUUGAUUGAAGAUUAAAAUAAAUGAGUAAUCUGAAUGGGUAGUUUGUCUGUUAUGUUUCUGCCUGGUGAAGAGUAUAAGAAUAUUACAAAUGCUCAGAGAAGCGCAUGGACAAAUUCUUUCCAGACCAAGAUUCUCUUCAAAAUCAUGGUAUUUUCAGAUCAACUUAUUGCAUAUUUCCUGCUGGCUUAAGGGGGCCCCUCCCUCCUUCCCUGUGAUAUGUUUGUCUUAUUCCUUUGUCUUCACAGCAUUGUGAUCUUUCCUGUCUUCUGUCACUAUGAUAAUGCUGAACUGUAGCUAGAGCUCUUUGAUUGGUAUAAAUAUGAAAUGCUAUAUUUUUCAUUCAAUAAACUUGGGAAAGAGAACCAGGGAGGGCAUUACUAUAAUGGUAUGACUUUAUGAGAAAUCAUUGCAUCAUG